AUGGAUAAAACUUUCGGUUUCGAUACUGCUGUAGAAGAAGCACAAAGAGCAAUAAAUUCUGCUUACCUUUGCAGAAGUGCUCUCGCGGAGCAGAAGACCAAGGAGAGGGCGGCGGGGGUGGAGUCGGAGGCGCGCGCCGAGGAGCAGGGAGAGGGCGUCGUGACUGAAGUCUGA